AAGAUGGAAAAGAAGCCCAACAAGAAAGAAGAACUGAACAUAGUGAACAAUGUUCUGAAGCUCGCAACUAAACUCAUGAAAGAGUUGGACAUCCCCUUCCGGCUGCUGGGUCUGACGGUGAACCCCCUGGUGUACAACAUCACCCGGGUGGUCAUCCUGUCAGCCCUGUCCGCCGUGGUCAGCGACCUGCUGGGCUUCAAUAUCAGGCUGUGGAAGAUCAAGCCUUGAUGGGAACGUGCCAAACCAAACCACUGAGUGUUGGACACUGGAAAACUGGACCAGCCCCUGAUGCCUGUCCAGACGGGGCCAGCCGACCUUUGACCUUUUGGCCUGUCUGUUCUGAGAGUGUGCGUACCUACUGACC